CCGUCGAAAUUCAACCGUUGGAGGACUUUCCGGAGACGAUAUUGGAUUUCGACGAAGAAGACGACGACGAUUAUCAAGAGAACGGAGAGCCACGAGUAAACGGCAUCAUGACCGAAACAUUUGAACCGGAUGGAACGUGCCGAAUAAAGUUGCUACGAUCCGAGCUACCUCCUGAUCUGCAACCGAUCACAACCACUGAACUAAAGUGUGCCGUGAACGUAAAGGAACGGGUCGAAAUCAAUGGUACUUUAUUCAGUGCCCAGUUCAAAUAUCUCCCUUGUUUAGCGNAGAAUAAUGUUGUAGGUGAGAAACGACUUGUCCAAAAGAGGAAGACAUCUCAUCCAGAAUGGGAUAAAUGUUGGGAUACAGACGUUUUGCCAGGUCGGGUUCUGCAAGUGAUACUUAUGAAUGGCAACACACCGAUUGCAGAUGCUACUAUGCGUCAGCAGGAUAUUGUUUCGAAAUGCAAAUCGGAUACAAUCACACAUAUAUGGAUCAAUUUAAAACCAGCCGGGCGCAUUCUGGCUCAAGCACGCCACAUUCAGCAGACCAGUAAGUACUGA